AUGUUUGCAUCACUCAGCAAGCCUGCCGGUCAGCCGGCUUUCGGCGCGAGCACAACGAACCCUUUUGGGCAGUCAACUACCAACCAACCUACACAGUCUCUCUUCGGCCAGUCAAGUGCGAAUACCAACAUGCAGCAACAGCAGCAGCAGCAGCCGGCGCCAGCACUGGGGCAAUCACAGGCUAAUACCUUGGGAAGCUCACUAUGGCAGCCUGGCCAGCUCACGCCUCAACAAAAGUCCAUCCCCGACCAGAUGCAACUGAUCAUGAACAAGUGGGACCCAGCCCACCCCAACUGCUCCUUCAAACACUACUUCUACAACAAGGUAGAAGAGUCUCGCAUCCCCUUCUACCAGCCCGGCCCGAACGAGGAUCCCAAGGAGUGGGAGGAGGCGCUGCAGAACAAGCCCGCGCCGGGAUACAUGCCCGUGCUGGCGGCCGGGUUCGCGGCGAUGGCCGAGCGGCUCAAGGUGCAGCGGCGGGCGGUCGGCGAGUUCAACGUGCGCCUGCACGAGAUCAACAGCAGCCUCGACGCCAUCCUCAGCCGGCACGACCUCGAGACGAGCGUGCGCGCCCUCAACGCCCGCCGCAAGCACGAGGUCCUCCGCAAGAGGGCCGUCGUGCUCGCCCGCAAGGUCCAGGUGCUGCGCAACCGCGGCUACUCGCUGUCCGGCGACGAGGAUGACCUGCGGCUGAAGCUGGAGGGUUUGGAGAAGACGAUGCAGGAUCCGGCGCUGAAUGCGCGCAUGGAGGAGCUGUGGAGCAGACUGAUUAUGCUGCGGGAUUAUGCCUCGUCGCUGCAGACCGAGAUCAACAAGCGGGGAUUUGGCGAGGACGAAGGCUUAGGUGAGGAGGUCGAGGCGAAGGCGAAGAAGAUUAUCGAGGACUACGAGAAACAACUACAGCAUCUGAAGAAGGAAGUAGAGCUGGUCAAGAAGGAUUUUGAUGAGUGGGAGAAGGAGCACAAUAUCCAAUCCGCAAGAUGA